GCUAGAUAGCCUAAAGCAUCGGCCCACUGUGGCAGGCCCAGCCCCUACAAUCACUUCUGAGAAGUACAUGCUUCGAAGUACUUCAGAUUUCAGUUUAGAACUGAAGUGUCUCCUCUCACAUGUUGGAUCUUCUCCAGUCUGCAUCCAGAAGCUUGAGCACAGCACUCCUCACGCAGCCCUAGCCUCGCCGUCGCCGCUUGUGACGUCGAAGCCUUGUGCACUGCUAGUGAACCCGAAGCAACUCUUCACCGCCGCACCACCUACCAUGGUCUUCUUCGACGAACCCGCUGCCAACCAAGCACUCCAUAGACGACGCUUCUCUCUCCAGUAUAACACUGGAGAGAUCCCUACCUACACCGCUGAAUACUUGCCCUGUCACACGGCUGCUGCUGCUGCUGUUUCACCUUGUUGUAAACGGCAAGAACCCAAGCCACUCUUUUUCUUAGUCUCUCUCACGCGCUAUCUUUCUAUCUCACAUUCUCUCGUUCACAGAGAAUCAGACGAAAUGGCUGCUAUAAUUGGUGACAUGGCAGACCUCCAGCAGCAAAGCCAAUGGGAGUUCAGCUGUGACUUGGAAGUAGACUAUGAGUCUGAGGAGAAUGCUUCCAUGGUCUAUGCAGCAUUAGCUGUUGAUAAGGAGUUGCAGCCAGACAAAGUGAAAAGGCAGAUGGCAGCAUCAAAUGGAAAACUUACAGUACAUUUUGAGGCAGUAGAAGCAAGAUUUCUUCGUGCAUCAUUUAGUGCUUUUGUGGACGUCCUUACACUUGCCACAAAAACGAUUGAAGAAUUUGGACAAGGAAUGGAAUUGUGACACCCAUUCACGAUUCACCUACUAGCACUGCUGUUUUUUCUGGGGAGAAUUUAGUGGAAGAUACUAAAAAUGCUAAUCUCUUUGAUUUAUGAUGCAUGCAGUCUUCGUUAGUCUAUUUGUGCCGAAAGUGAAUUUCGAUAUUAAUAUUAUGAUGUCUGCCACUAAUGUUAUUAAAUGAAAUCCUGUAACAAUUUAACUUGUAAAAA